AUGAAAAGCCUCACUCUCCAGCAGGAACAAGCAAAAAGUGAAGAAGCAUUUCGAAUUGGAGACAGAGUUGUAGUAGACAGAAUAUACACAGGCACUGUUAGAUACGUAGGGCGCGUGGGCACCAAGAAACACAGCACCUUGGGCGUAGAGCUGGACACAUCCAAUGGAGAGAACAAUGGAAGCAGAGCAGGGCGCGUGUAUUUUGAGUGCAAACCGAGACACGGCGUGUUCAGAGAGUACAGAGACGUGCGGCCGUACAAAACACAGGACUACAACCAGACGGGGAUAAUAAACACAACAGAAGUGGAGGAAAUACCGCACAACAGCAAGGCAGUCUCUGAGCUCAUCAACGAGAACAUGGAAAUACAAAGAGAGCUGGAAGUGAUGGUGAAAGAAAAUAAAAAGCUGAAAGAAGAGCUGAAAGAGGAAAAAGAGAAAAGAAAAAGUCUGGAGGAGAAAAUAGAGAAAAUAGAAAGUAGAGAGGGUCUUAGGGAAAAGAGAAGAACAGAAGGAGUAGAUAACAGCUCAGUGAUUAUCGGUAUAGUCUCGGAGAUAGUAAGCAGUAUAAAAGAGAAGAUAGAAACAGAAAAUAGGAUAUUCCAGUGUAAAUAA